UGGAGAGCCACGGCAAAAGUGCACCGGAUCCGGCACUGAUGCGACUGAAGUCUGAAGGAGAGCCAGUGACUUCUUCUACUGCCUCUGUACCAUGUCUACUGUUGAUACAUGGUUGCUAAACCCUGCGUUCCAUGACUAUCUCGCCAUCCUUAAGGGUGCUCGAAAUGGAUUCAUCUACGGUGUAAAAGUCAGGUUCCCGCACGCUUUAGUUAUGUCGGUGCUGUUUGGGCGUGGCGACUGGAUAACACGUCUACGGGCGAUCCUACGAGCGACGAAGGAACAUGGUUUCAAUUUGGCGAAGUUCGUCUCACUGUACAAGACUAUUCUUUUAUUACAACGCAAGGCCAACGGAGGAAAGGAACGUGGUUGCGAUACAUUCAUCGCCGGAUUGAUUGGCGGGUACGUUGUCUUCGGAAACAGGAGCGCCGUAAAUGAGCAGAUCGUUCUUUAUGUCGUUUCGAGAGUACUGGCAUCUUUCCUCCCGCGUGCAAGGACCAACAACCCUACUUCAUCCGCGUCGGCUACAGGCGCAGCUGUCCGACCCAUGCCCCCAGACGCCCAAUACUUCUCGGUUUUUGCAGCGCUAUCCUGGGGCGCCGUUAUGUGGCUUUUUAAGCACCGGGGCGAGACUAUCCAACCAGGGAUGUUCAACUCCAUGACCUAUUUAUACCGAGACUCUGAGGUCUGGACUGACUUAAGGACGUUACUGUGGUACAACAAGUGACCCAUAUCCAUGGGUAAUCGCUAUGUUUGUUGAUGUCUAGAGAUACUUUAUGUGAUCCUCAGGUUACCUGUCUACUCGAUGGAAGAUAUCCUAUGGUCCUUGCAAUGCGACGGCAUUUAUACUCGGAUUGCAGGCUUGAGUCCACGGAACAAGCAAUUAUGAAAUGGACACACCUCGAGCAUCUCGGUUGCCGCUAUACAAGCUUUCCUGCACGUUUGACAGGAUGAAAGUUGAUCUACUAACGUUCGCAUCUCUGCUGCUAUAUCGCUAGCUAGAGGGACGGAAGGAUUAGGAUUAGGAUUAGAUCUCCAUCUCGACAGGAGAACCUUCACGGCUGCACUCACCUGCCUCUAUCUUCGGAACAAGC